AUGUACGUAGGUCUCUUGAUAUUAUUCUGCUCAUACGUUUCUAUUGAUGGUAAACACUUCAAUGGAGGAACUAUCAGAUGGGCUCCUGUAGAUCCAUAUGAUAAUGACAGUUCAGUUGAUAUUACUAUAACACAGUCUUAUUCAUGGACAUAUCCAUAUAUACAAUGUACCAACAACGUACCGAUCACAACGACUGGAUUUAGUGGUGCCAAUACAAAUCUAAGUUGUGUUGUGGACUGCUCAACCGAUGGUGGAUAUUCUAGUUCACCAAUUAAUAUUCUCACCAAUUGUGUAUCAGCUAGUUCAUCAUUGAAAAUGAUGACAAGCGAAGCAACGAAAACUAAAACACUUGCGGCUGAAGCACAUUUUUAUAUAGCUUAUCGAGGAAGUGCUUGGAUACCAUUAAACAAUCCUGCUCAAUCAGGUCUUGAAUGGUCUAUUGUAACAUAUAUUGAUCUUCGCAAACGACUGGAUGGUUUCAUAAAUACUCCGCCUGUGGUCAAGUUUGUUUCUCCUCAAUAUACCUUUGUAAAUAGAACAAUAAAAAUUAAUAUUCCUGUUUCGGAUGCUAAUGCUGGUGACGAUGUACGUUGUCGAUGGUCAAUAUUUACAAGUGGAUAUCGAAGACGAAAACGAUCGAACGAUGAAGAAAAUCGCGAAAAUCAAUAUCAAACUGAUCACAGAUACAAAACACAAAAUGAUAAUAAUGAAAUCAUCAAUGCAAGAAAAAAAAGGCAGACGUGUCAAUGUAGUUCAGGCAAGUUGUGUUCCUCUAUCGACUGUCAAAGCGCCUCAUGCAUGGGCAUAAAAUGUGCAAGUACAUGUUGUGAUAGCGUAGCGACAAAAAUAUCGACUACAGAUAGUACAACCGAUACAACAACAAUGACUACAACUAGUGAAACCAGUACAACAACAUCGACUACAGUUAGCACCUCCAUAAUGAGUACAACUACACUUGAAACUAUAGGUACACUAAAAUCGACUUCAACAUAUCCAAUUCGUCAAGCAAUUGACGAAUGUGCUGAUAUUUGUUAUCCAGAUAGUGUGCCUACUGGUACAACUCUGUCCAAUUGCACGAUCACAUUCACAGGUAAUAAAGCUGGUGUCUGGUAUGCUGUUGCCAUUCAGGUUGAAGAUUUUAUCGAUUCAACAAGUACAACACCAAUGAGUUCAGUACCAGUUCAAAUGCUGAUUUAUGUUCAACCACAACCUGCUUGUUCAGAUGCACCCAUAAUUUUUUCUCUAAGUGGUUGUCUAGAAACUGUGGCUAAACUAUCUGAUAUACUUAUUUCAAGUGCAAUUACUGGUAUGACUCGUAGUAAUCUGACAAAUUCAUCAACAAAUUCAUCAGUUUCCUACGUCAUAUUCACUUGGACACCGCAGACAAAUCAAGUUGGAUCAGAACAGCUGUGUGUAAUUGCAUUUACAACUGAAAAUUUAGAAUCUGAUCGAUAUUGUGUUACAUUUACUGUGAAAAAUUCAUCUGAUAUUUGUGUAACAACUACAACAUCCACAAGUACGACAACGACAACAUUCGUAAGUACCACAACCACAACAUCUACGAGUACGACAGCGACAACAUCCGUAAGUACCACAACCACAACAUCUACAAGUACAACAACAACAACAUCCACAAGUACCACAACCACAAUAUCUACAAGUACAACAACAACAACAUCAACUACUACAACUAUGAUUGCUGGUGCACGACGUCGUCGACGACGGAAAAAAAAUAACGAAGAUGUCGGUGAACAACCUUUUGAGCCAAGAUUUAUAAUUGAUAAAUCACAAGGAAAAGCUAUUCCUAGAAAAACGUUUAAACCAAAUAUGUCAGGCAAAGAUUGUCCGAUUGAUGAUACAGUGCACCCAUAUGAAGAAUUGAAAAAUACCUCCUCAUCAUACUUGCCUGUGGACUUAUUGAACUCGAAUUUUUCUGAAACACUAACCACUAUGAUAGAUACGGAAGACUAUAGAGUACCAUCAACAGUUUCUAUUAAUAGAAUUAAGCAUCCUGAUAUUGAACAAUUGAAUAACAGUUACAAACUCAAUAAAAUAAAAGACGAGCAUGGAAACUCAGAAAACGAUCUUGAGAAAUAUGAAAAUACUGGUCAACAAGUGCUGUCAAGUGCAUCAUCACAUAAAUCAUCGAAAUUCAAUCAAGUCAAAGUUAUCAAAAUACCACGAAAUCUAUCAGUUAUCAUUCCAACAGUUGACGUGUCAGUAACGACAACAGAAUCUCAUAUAUUUGUCAUCUCAACAGCUGCAUAG